AUAUAUAGGACUGUAUUGGUGCUAUUGACGGGACCCACAUUCCAUGUAUGGUAUAUGGCGAUGACCAAACUCCAUACCGUAAUAGACAUGGCUAUCUUUCUCAAAAUAUCCUUGCAGCAUGCACAUUUGAUCUUAGGUUUAUUUAUGUCUUAGUGGGAUGGGAGGGAUCUGCCAAUGACUCACGGGUCCUGAAGGAUGCAAUGAGUAGAAGUGCAUGUAGUCUUCCACUUCCAAAUGGUAAAUUUUAUCUAGUUGAUUGUGGUUAUCCAAAUAGGCUACAAUUCUUGGCUCCCUAUCGGGGUACGAGGUACCACCUUAAAGAGUUUGGCCCAGCUAACAACCGUCAGCGACCACGCAAUGCUCAUGAGCUAUUCAACCAUCGACAUUCAUCACUUAGAAAUUGUAUUGAACGUAUUUUUGGCAUUUUUAAGUCUAGGUUUACAAUUUUUAAGUCUCAACCUCCAGGUUUUCCAUAUGAGACUCAAAAAAGUAUGAUCUGGGCAUGUAUCGGCCUGCAUAAUUUUCUGAAGAUGGAGAACUCCAACGAUGACUUUGAAGUUUCUGAUCUUCCUCCAGAGGCACCACGCAAUGUUGCUCCGAUUGAUGGUGAUUCUGAUGAGGACGAUGACCUACAAACUCAACAAGCACAACGGACAGCUGCAUCACGUUGGAGAGAACAAAUGGCAAACACAAUGUGGGAGGAUGGGACAAACGUAGCCCAAGGAGUCUAGAGCAAAGUUAUAUGUCGGUAGAUUAUAUUUGUAAUAAUUAAGAUUUAAGUUACCAACUGAGACUUUAUUUGUAAUAAUUGAUACUUUAUCAUCAUCAUCAUU